AUAUAUAUACACACCAUCUUUCUCCAUAUCCACCACCAUUCAUCCUCCUCCCCCCCCAACCCCCAAACCCAAAAUCUCAAAUCUCCCAAAAACACACACAGAGAUUGAAUUUUUUGCUGAAUUUUCAAGAAUAUUAAACAGAGCAUAACGAAGAACAGCAAAUAUACCCACCUCUCACCUCGAAACCUCCCAAACGCACACCAAGAUCGAAUUUUCAAGAAUAUUAAACAGAGCAUAACGAAGAACAGCUAAUAUACCCCAAAAUACACACACCCAGAUCGAUUUUUCAGCUGAAUUUUCAAGUGAAAUGAUGAACAACACUUAUUCACCCAUAAGAGAAACUGCCCAAGAAGGAACAGAAUCCUAUUUUCACGAAGAACCCUCUUCAAUUUGGUGCGCCUGUUUCAGAUUCCCCUGUUUCCCAUCAACCCAAAAAGAAGGAGAAGCAAAUUCUCUGCUCCAAGAAAGAGAAAACAGAGAUUCAUGGAUAGUGAAAAAUAUGAAGGAAUUGAAAGAGUAUUCUGAACUUGUAGCUGGACCCAAAUGGAAGAAUUUGGUAAGGAAGAUCGGAAAAUACUGUAAUCCUAAGAAACCUUCAGCUAAAACGACGCAGUUUCAGUAUGAUUCAGAUAGUUAUGCUCUCAAUUUCGACAAUGGCGGUGGUGAUGUUAGGGAUGAUGAUGAUGGGCUUUUACGUAAUUUCUCAUCUCGAUUUGCUGCUCCUUUUUCUGGUUUUGUUGCUAAUAAUAAUCCAAAUAAAAAUGCUGGUUUGUGAUAA